AUGUCGUUCUUCAUAGAGAACAAGAACGCGGGCAACAAGGCCGACAGCGAAGAUUGGAGAAUUCGUGGCUACAAUCCUCUCUGCGCCCCCGACCUGCUUCAACAUGAAGUCCCCCAAACAGAGACCAGCAAAAAGACCGUCCUCGAGUCGCGUGAGGAGGUUGCUGCAGUCGUGAACGGCACCGACCCCAAGAACCGCCUUCUCGUCAUCAUUGGACCAUGCUCGAUCCACGAUCCGGCCUCGGCUCUCGAGUACUGCGACAUGCUGCUCAAGGAGAAGGAGAAGUACAAGGACGAGCUGCUCAUCGUGAUGCGCGCCUACCUGGAGAAGCCCCGAACGACCGUUGGCUGGAAGGGCCUGAUCAACGACCCCGACAUUGACAACAGCUUCAGAAUCAACAAGGGACUGCGCCUGUCGCGACAGCUCUUUGUCGACCUGACCGACAAGGGCAUGCCCAUUGCCUCGGAGAUGCUCGAUACCAUCUCUCCUCAGUACCUUGCCGAUCUGCUGUCGGCCGGCGCCGUAGGCGCAAGAACCACCGAGAGUCAGCUGCACCGAGAACUUGCCAGCGGUCUGUCUUUCCCCGUUGGUUUCAAGAACGGAACAGACGGCACGCUGGGAGUGGCCAUUGACGCCAUUGGCGCCGUCAGGCACCCCCACCAUUUCUUGUCUGUGACCAAGCCUGGUAUCGUGGCCGUCGUCGGAACCGUUGGCAAUGAUGACUGCUUUGUCAUCCUGCGCGGUGGAACCAAGGGCACCAACUACGAUGCCAAGUCGGUCGCUGAGGCCAAGGCGGCCCUGGCCAAGAACGGUGUGAAGGAGAGACUCAUGGUUGACUGCAGUCACGGCAACUCGCUGAAGAACCACAAGAACCAGCCAAAGGUUGCAGCAGAGUUGGCGGACCAGAUCAGCAAGGGCGAAAACGCCAUCAUGGGCGUCAUGAUUGAGAGCAACAUCAAUGAGGGUAACCAAAAGGUGCCGGCCGAGGGCAAGUCUGGCCUCAAGUACGGUGUCAGCAUCACCGAUGCUUGCAUUUCGUGGCAAGAUACCGAGGAUGUCCUCAAGAACCUGGCAGAUGCCGUCAAGCAGAGACAAAAGUUGGCAAAUGGCCAACAGUAA